AGUGAGGAUCUGUGAAGCUGCUUCCGGGUUCAUUCAGGAGAUAGUGAGUACCCGCUGUUCCCUUGGUGGCUUCAGCGCCCUCAUUGACUACCGCCAAGCUCACCGAAGACAAUGCAGCUUUAGAGGGUGGUGACAACCCCGUGAGAAAGCCGAGCCACUGAUAAUACAGGUCAUGGCACAGGCUGCUGUGCUGCCACAGGCCAGCACUCCUGGCCAGCCCUACGUGAGCAAACUGGUUCUGCUUGGAAGCAGUUCUGUGGGCAAGACCAGCCUGGUCCUCCGGUACAUGAAGCAGGACUUCAGCAACGUCUUGCCGACUGUGGGGUGUGCCUUCUUCACAAAGCUGGUGGACUUGGGCUCCUCAUCUCUGAAGCUUGAGAUCUGGGACACAGCCGGCCAGGAGAAGUACCACAGCGUCUGCCACCUCUACUUCCGGGGUGCCAAUGCUGCGCUCCUGGUUUAUGACAUCACUCGGAAGGAUUCCUUUCACAAGGCCCAGCAGUGGCUGGAGGACCUGGAGAAGGAGUUCCAUCCAGGAGAGGUAGUGGUGAUGCUGGUCGGCAACAAAACGGAUCUCAGCGAGGAGCGGGAAGUGACCUUCCAGGAGGGAAAAGAGUUUGCGGAGAGCAAAAGCUUGAUGUUCAUGGAAACCUCUGCCAACCUGAACUACCAGGUGUCUGAGAUCUUCAACACUGUUGCCCAGGAGCUACUGCAGAGAGCAGGAGACAGGGGCAGCAGCCACCCACAAGAAGGUGAGGCUGUGGCUCUGGACCAGGAACCUACAGUCCGGCAGCGCCAGUGCUGUGCACGAUAGCUGAUAGCCGCUGCCGUCACUGCAGGAGAGCUAGUGGAGGACAUCCCAGCCUGUCCCAGAGGGUCCCCAGUCCAAGCUACAUCUUCACAACAAAUCUGCUGGCUCUUUGUCCAUUCAUAUUCUCUGUCAAAGAUGGCUUAUGCCUGAGCCCUGGAGGCUUCCAGAAGUUGGAAUUUCCUUUGUAAUCACUGCUUGUCAAAGCUGAUGGGAACUGUCUCAGGGAAGAUCCAGUGUCGAGUGGCUCCUGGAAGACUGUCAGCCCCACCUUACUGGAUACCCAGAUACCUGGAUGCCCUGAGCCAGGUGUCCCUGCCCCGCCCGGGCUAUCUCUUUCAGCUUCCUUGUAACCAGUGUGGGAAGAGUUAGAUGGAGCAGAAAAGAAACAUGGACUGGGAAAUUCUUUGAUCCGUGGGAGGGGAGGACAGAUGCUUCCUCCUGUGGCGGCUGGUUCAUAACUGGACCACUUUCAUUCUGGGAACUGUCGGGGGAAGAGAAAAGGGCAUCAAUGCAAGGAAAAAUGUGGAGAUGAGCUCAAGGGAAAAAUGAGCCCGAGGUGCUAAGUCUCAGUGAGGUGAUGCUGGAGAGACAGAGUCUGAAAGGGUGGCCAGGAUGGACGUGUCCCCUUCCAGCUGGAGAGGGACAGAGCCAAGUUUCUCUCUAGUGAUCCGAGGACUCUAAAACCCCUGUCUUGAGAUGAAUACCACGUUGUCUCAUGUCCUUCUCUCCAAAUGUUAAAUGUCUUGACAAUC